AUGGGCACUGAAAGAGUUUCCGCAUCUGUUGGUGCGGACGCUGUCGCCGCGAGCGUUGCAACGGCCGGCGAAGUCGCAAGCGCGAGCCAGACGGGUCAGAAAUGUGUGGUGAGCAGAGGUUUGUUUCAGAGGUCACUGGCGGCUGACCGUCAGGCGGCGAGGUAUGCGCGGAAGAAAUCCGCCGGCGUUUUCCCCCCGUCGAAUUACUUGCAGCGUCUGCGUGUUCUCGAGGGUGCUGGACGGUUUCCCAGCGUCGAGCCAUUCGACAAAAUCAUCCUGUCCUUCGAUUUCUACCGGGACAUUCGUGACGAGAAAUGCAGAAAGAACGAGUCCGUGACUCCGGGAGAAGCUGCGGGUUCCUCUGCGGCAGCGGACUAUCAGACGCUGGAAAAUAGUGCCUCCACGCCAGCGGAAAAGCCCAGUUCAGCACCGUCAAAUUCAUCGUCACUGGCCAAGAGCCAAGGUGACAGUAAAGAACGUCUACGCCGUCCUGCAGAACAGGAAAAGUUGCUUGAAGACGUUUCGGCUUCCGACGCGACGCAUGGAGCUGACGCGCCGGCGACGCCCGUGGCGAGACAGGACCAGGCCGAUGCGUCCGCUCCAGUCGACUUCGAGAGUGCAGUAAACUCAGACGAGGAUGACAGCGACGACGAAUUCUGUGCCUCGAGACUCCGACCAGUGCAGACGUACUUCAGCUCGACUGAAGAAUACGUUGACACGUUUUUUCCUCUGUUCAUCCAAGAAGCAAAGCAAUCCAUUCAUCGAGCGAAAAAGAUGGAAAUGAGUCGAGCCGAGCGCUUCGUGCAGGUUAGCGGCGACCCUCAGGGCGAUUUCAUUUUGCUCACUCUUGAGCGCGCGCAAGGGCUGAAUCAGCACGCGAGCCACUACUGCCACAACGACCUCGUGGUGCUGUACGUUCCCGACAAGGCGGCAGCCGGCGAGGCGUCCAGCAGUCUUGCGGGGAGCAGCGGCACGCUGUCGCUCGCCAAGCAGGGCGGCGGCGCGUCGCGGCUGGAGCUUUCUGCCGGAGUCGAUGAAGCGGCGAAAAAGGACCUGGCUGUGCAGGAGCUCUUUGCCGAGGAGGACGCCCCGCAAAUGUCCCCGGAGGACACCGAGCUGCAGCUUGAACAGGCGAGAAACGAGCCAAACGCAUGCUGUCACGACCUCACGACUGUGCGCAAGGUCCACAUGCUGGGCAUCGUGCAGCAGUCCCUGCGGAGUACGCUCGUUGUCAAGAUCUUGAUGCCGCUGCUCUCGCCGCCGGGCGACCCCGUGGGGGCGUUGUGCGAGUCCGAGGACGAAACGACAUCUCUGCGGGACACGCGGGCUGGAGGCGCAGCUGAAGAGGACAGGGCGGGCAAUCACGGAAACAGCCACGACGGAGACACCGGAGACGCAGACCCAAGCGACGCACACAGGUGGCGAGAGGCGCGCCGACGCGCGAAGAAGCAGAAGCGCCGGAAAGCCAAGCGGGAGAGAAUUCUCGCGCUGACAGACGCCCUGAAUGACUGGCAAACGACAUGGCACGUCUGCAGAGUCAUGGGGCUGACCACGCUGCACCGCGAGUUUCAGGGGUUGAUGUCAGUCCCUGACCUCCUCAUCAAGAAACAGAUCCUCUGCGCCAGCCAGCGGGCUUUGGGGUCGUCUGCCGCACCGCUCAAGAAUCCGCUGCUAGAGGAUCUGCCCGAGGAGAGCCCUGCUGACCCAGACAGCGGCAGUGCGGAGGAGGAAGAGGCAGAUCGAUCCUCGUUGGCGGUGGCGUCAGAGGCUCCGGCUGGCGCGGAUCAGGGUGGGGAGGACGCUGCAGCCGCCGCGACGUGCCAGCAGCUGUUUAUCUCCUCGAAGCUGCGCGAGGCCCUCCACCAGCUCUAUAAUGCGAGUCAGCUGGACGCCCUGAACGACUGUCUGAAGAUUCAAGGCGUCACACUGAUCCAGGGCCCUCCGGGGACGGGGAAGACGACGACGAUUAUGGCGGUCAUUUCAGUCGUUCUGAAUGCCCAGAUGGAAAACAAUGACGGCACGAUACGAGGGACCCGGUGCGCAGCUGCGGCUAUUGGCGAUGCCGACGGCUGCGUAGGCGAUUCCAUGGACUGCUCAGAGGAUACGCGGUCAGCCGGAGAAAGACUCAACGGAACCGAAAAGACGAAAGCCAAACGACGUGAGGCUGAAGCUCUGAAGAUCAAGCGGAAACUCGCCCUUGCGCAGCCGUGGCUGUCCCUAGGCGGGUACACUCCGUGGAUGGACGAGGUUUCAUGCAUGACUGAAGACCUGGAAGGCAGCGAUGCGCAUUGGAGCGCGUCGGCUACGGCAAAGGGGGGCAACGAGUCCCAACGGGUCUUUCUCGACAAGGGAAGAAACGCGCUUCUACCCAACCGAGUGCUUGUCUGCGCACCGUCGAACGCCGCUAUCGACGAAAUCUUGAAGAGGCUUGUGGCGGAGCCUAGCAAAGGUGGAGGUAUUUUCGACUCGAAUGGGAAGCGCUACACGCCUUCAGUUGUUCGCGUUGGACCUAACGUACAUCCAGAUUUGAUUCAGUACAGUCUUGAAUACAAGGCAAACAAGCGCAUGAAGGCGAAAGGUGCAACGCAUUUCUCCGCACUUGCUGCGAUUAAAGCAGAAAUCUUGCAAGAAAGCCGCAUUGUGUGUGCCACACUCUCCGUCUGCGGCUGCCGCGACAUCACUGCGGCUACCGAGGCGUUUGAUACCGUUGUCAUUGAUGAAGCGUCUCAGGGAGUGGAGAUUUCGACGCUGAUUCCUCUGCGACUGGGCUGUCGGCGUCUGAUCCUCGUCGGCGAUCCUCGGCAACUGCCUGCAACAAUUUUCUCACGGGUGGCCAUUCAACAUCGCUACGACCAGUCUCUUUUCCAGCGCCUGGAAGCUGCCGGCCACAAAGUAAACAUGCUGAGUCUGCAAUACCGCAUGCACCCGUGCAUCAGCAGGUUUGCGAGCAGCACGUUCUACCAGAAUCAGCUGCAGGACGCCGUCAACAUUGUCGGUCUCGUUCGGCCCCCCGUCCCCUGGUACUCCAUUCCGAUCUUCAAACCCCUGGUCUUCUUCGCCAUUAACACAAGUCACACAGAGGAAAACACUUCUCUCAUCAACGUCGAUGAGGCCAACUUCGUGUGUCAGAUGGUCGAUCUGUUGAGACGCAUUUUCGUCGCGCUCGGUCAGUCAGACUGGGAAGGCAGACUUGCGGUGAUCAGUCCGUACGCCCAGCAGGUUUCGUUGUUACGGCGGCGCAUCAAGGCGCAACUCGGCAUAACCGACAACAAGGCGUGUCCGAUUGACGUAAAUACAGUCGACGGAUUCCAGGGACAAGAAAAGGACCUCAUUAUAUUUUCCGCAGUCAGAGCUCAGCACACCAACCCAACAACUGCGGCGACAACACUGGACACGUCUAUCGGGUUUUUGGCGGAUGAAAGACGUAUUAAUGUCGCUUUGACAAGAGGGCGGACAAAUCUGUGGAUCGUCGGAAACGGGCGCUUCCUGAUGACCAACCAUCAUUGGCGAUGCCUGUGGAAAUACACGAAGGAGCUGGGUACCUUGAUUUCUAUUGAGGAAAAGUUCAUGAAGACGGAGUUGCUACUUGCUAAGUGGCUUCUGAAAUUCACAAAUAAACACCCGGCGGAAAAGAGCAUGCUUGACGAGCAAGUGCCGAGUUUCCUGCCUGCUCUUGAAAAAGACGUGAAGGAGUGCGCAGCAGCAAGAAAGACUAGAAAAAUUUCUUCUGUGGAGGGCGAUCCGGCUGCUGGUUCAUCGGGGAAAGAGUGA